AUGGCGACCUCAAUCAAUUGCUGGAAGUGUCUCGCGAGGCCUUGCGCGACCUCCAGCUCCCGAAUAUCCUCAAUUGUGUCGUCAAAGCCAUUUUCUUCCACCAGUUCAAAAUUGGUUGGAGGACCUAAGCCUUUUAAGAAAGCAGCACCAGCGGGAGUCAAACAAAAUCUUAGGAUUAAGAAAAAGGGAGCACAAAAGACUACGGGGAGGCCACCGGCCUCUGGAGAACGAAAAGCGAUGAGGAAGAGGAUUGUGCUGAGCAAUACAAAUGCGCUUGCGGUUCCGGGCAUGCAGGAGUUCAAUAAGGAUUUGGUUGCGGAUAUGCUGGAGGGGGGAGAGGAAAAGAAGUCCUUGGUUGGUAAUGUUGUUGUAUUGCCUGGGGAGACGGUGGAUGCUUUGCGGGCAAUUGAUGCCUUCAAACCAACACAGGGUUGGGGUUUGUUCAAUAAACCUGGGUUGUUGAUUAGACAGGAAUCGGUCGAGUUGACGAGAGCUUUGGUUUCUGCUGAGGAUGAGAAGAGUACCCUGAGAUAUGUCAUUGAGGGAAGUAAGGGUAGUGGAAAAAGUAUGAUGCUGUUACACGCACAAGCUGUAGCUGUUGCAAGAGGAUGGGUUGUGCUUCAUUUUCCUGAGGCACAAGAAUUGGUCAACGCUGUAAAUGACUACGCUGCCAUUCCUAAUUCGAAUCCCUCUGUCUGGAUGCAACCAACAUAUACUGCCGAGUGGCUCGAAAAAAUAGCGAAAGCCAAUCCUAUCCUAGACACCAUCAAGAUGACACAACCGCAUAACCUUCCAAUCGAGAUCCCAAAAGGCACCACUCUCGGCCGCCUGUGUGAACUCGGAGUCCGAGAUUCCGACAUUGCAUUCCCUCUCUUCCAAGCUCUAUGGUCUGAAUUGAAUCAAUCAGGUCGACCACCUAUUCUUCUCACGCUAGACGGUCUGAGUUACAUAAUGCGAGACAGUCAAUACCGCAACACCAACAACGAAUUAAUCCACUCCCACGAUCUCGCGCUCAUCAAACACUUCACAGACUUUCUCUCCGGGUCCCAAACCAUGAAGAACGGCGGUGCCGUCAUAGGCGCCACCUCACGAAGUCACCACCCCAUCUCCCUCUCCAUGAAUCUAGCCAUCACACAAGCGCUGGAAAAGCAACAAGAAUCACCACAAACCGAACGUCAACCCUUUGAAAAGAAUUACGACGAACGAGUUGAGGCGUCGUUGAAGGAUGUUCACGUUAUGAAGUUGAGUGGUACGAGUAAGGAUGAGGCGAGGGGGCUGAUGGAGUAUUGGGCUAAGAGUGGGGUAUUGAGACAGACGGUUGACGAGAGGAGUGUUGCGGAGAAGUGGGCGUUGGCUGGCAACGGGGUUUUGGGAGAGCUUCAGAGGGGAGCAUUGAGGAUGAGAAUUUAG